UUGUUGCCAUCUCUUUUGUGCAUUGUACCAAAUCUCCAUGUACUUUUCUAGUUGAAGAAGAUCGGUGGUGGAGGCUUUGGGGAGAUUUAUGAGGCAAUGGAUCUGCUUACCCGGGAGAACGUGGCCUUGAAGGUGGAGUCAGCUCAGCAGCCCAAGCAAGUUCUCAAGAUGGAAGUGGCUGUGCUGAAGAAGCUGCAAGGGAAGGAUCAUGUUUGCAGAUUUAUCGGCUGUGGAAGAAAUGAAAAAUUUAAUUAUGUGGUCAUGCAACUUCAGGGUCGAAAUCUUGCAGAUCUCAGAAGAAGUCAGCCUCGAGGGACCUUUACACUGAGCACAACGCUACGAUUAGGCAAACAGAUUCUGGAGUCAAUAGAAGCCAUUCAUUCUGUGGGAUUCCUGCAUCGUGACAUCAAACCUUCCAAUUUUGCCAUGGGCCGGUUACCUUCAACGUACAGGAAAUGCUACAUGUUAGACUUCGGCCUGGCCCGUCAGUAUACCAAUACCACUGGUGAAGUCAGGCCAGUAAGUACAUUUCAAGCAAUUUUUUCCAUUUCUGCUAUUGUUUAGGCAGGGAAAAACUUU